ACGGUCUUUUCCUAUUCCACCAUAGAUAUAUACAAGGGUGAAGAUAAAAGCAUUGAAAGAGCUACAUAUGAUCCCUGAUGCUCAAUGGAUUGCGUUGAAUGUGACACCUUUGCCACACUUAAAACGAACAGGCGAUAUGACAACACUGCACUAUGUCUAUGACUAUCUACGUAGAUCUACAUCACAUCUGUGAUGCGGUGGCCAUGGAUAGUUCUCCUGCUCUCAAGUAAUGUCUUAACUGCAAUUGUCAUUCUCAGUAUGAAAUCAUCUGUGUUCAGUGAGUGGUCAGAGUUUACAUACUGCACUGUAAUUGAUGUAAUUACAGCGCCAUGUCAGUAUCAACAUAAUUGUUUAUGUCCUAAAAGAAGCGCCAACCGUUUAUUUUUUCCUGGCGCUUAUUUGGGGCGAGCGUAGCGAGCCGGCCCUAACUUAGUGACGACGGUAGGAAAUUUCUCUGUAUGUAUGUAUGUAUGUAUGUAUGUAGUGGUACGGCCUGAUAGGUGGUUUUUACACACGCGGUUUUUACACACGCGGUCCUUACCAAUUUCGUGUAUUCCUCGUGUAUUUUGCACAACUGGAGGCACAAGAAAAAGUUGCAUAAAAUGAAUACUGACAACGAACGCAAACAAGAAAGACUUCGAAUAAGGAGGGAUCGAAACAGACAAGCAAGACAGCUGAAGAGAAAGAAGUCAGGCUAGCCAAACGCAGAGAAAAAGCACAGGGCACUCAAGAUUCAAGGAUGCCAAUAGAGCAUCCCAGCAACUGAGACGGGACACAGAGACUCCUGAGGCCAGGCAGGCACGCCUACAGCAAAUGGCUGCUUCCACCCAAACCAGCAGAGCUUCAGAUACUCCUGAGGCCAGACAGGCACGCCUACAGCAAAUGGCUGCUUCAACUCAAACCAGCAGAGCCUCGGAGACUCCUGAGGCCAGACAGGCAUGCUUGGAACAAGACAAGCAUAGAUAAUUGUAAACGCAAUGAAUAACUCACAACUUGAGCAGGAUUUAGCAGAAUUUAAUACCAGCAAAAUGAGCUAAACAGUGAAAACCCAAACAAAUCUACCUGUGGAAAUAAAUUAUGUCACCUUAAGAUUCAAGUAGUCCUCAAAGAAGUAGCUCAGCCUCUGACAACAUGCUAACAAGACAGUUACUUCACCACCCCUCGGCAGAAAAGAUGUCUCAUACUAUUGAGAAAUUUUCUGAACCUAUUCUACGGCCCUUAUCAACAAUCAGGACAACGAAAUCGCAAAUCAUAUUUGCAAUCACUCCCACUUAUGUUCGUGACACACAGAAGGUUGAUCUCACCUCACUAUGCCAAACAAUAAUGCAUGUACAGAAUUUGUUGUGGUUAGUCGUGGAGGAUUCUGAUAUGAAGACCGCCCUAGUUUCUGAUGUCCUUGAUAGAUGCAAAGUAGAAAGUGUCCAACUGAAUGUAUACACCCCACCAGGAAAGAAAAGUAUUUCGAGUGGCGUUGAUCAGAGAAACUUGGGAUUAGGCUGGAUUAGGAGGUACUGUUCUAAUCAAACAAAUUGCACAGGAUCUGUGUACUUCAUGGAUGAUGAUAACAAGUAUGACCUGAGACUAUUUGAAGAGAUCAAGAAGACUCAGCAAGUAUCAGUGUUCCUUGUUGGAUUCUGUGGGGGAAUGAGGGCUGAAGGACCCAUCUGUAAUCGAAAUGGUCGUGCAAAGUUAUGGAAUGCUAAAUGGCAGCCAAAGAGGUCAUUACCCAUUGAUAUGGCUGGGUUUGCUGUCCGUGUGGAGCUUAUUGUUGCCAAGCCGAAUGCAUUGAUAGGAGUUGAUAAAUUUGGAAAGCAGUCAAAGCUUGGCUACCUAGAGUCAGACUUUCUUGGGAAUUUUGUGAAUAGGGACAUGGUGGAAUGCCGGGGGAACAACAGAGAGGUGCUGGUGUGGCAUGUGAGGACUCAAAAGCCAAGAAUUAGAUAUCUACCAAAUCUAAAAAGAGAGGACAACCUCCAAAAAGAGGACAAAAGCUCUGCUCCCAACGAGGGGGAGGGAAGGGCCUGAGAACCAACUGUACGUAAACUUUCAGCCGCUGGUGAUGAAGUGCUUGAAGAUUCUCAGCUGCAAGCAGUUUCUCCGUGAUCUCCACUACUCAAGACUAUGGUUUACAUCGAGUGACUGGAAAUCACUUGUAUACAUACCU